GGAUAGAGUGUACAACAACCUAACCGUGUAUCUAAAACUGAACUAAACUUGCUUCUUUUUGGUCCUUGGACAACUAACCGAUGAUGUUCAAGGUGGUGGCAUUUUCAGUAGUUUUGCUGCUUUGCUUUCAUAAGACUUUAGGUGUUCGUAUGUCUUUUGAUAAUGGUAAUUUUGAUGCGUCGUGGUCAUACAGCCAGGACUUUGAUGAGUUGUAUUUUGAAGUUAAUGCAAAGACAAGUGGUUGGGUUGGUUUUGGCUUCACCUUUACACCAGAAAAUAUGAGCAACUAUGAUGUAGUCAUCGGCGGACAAGCAGACUGGGGACAGAGCUAUUUCUAUGUAAGUGUAGUUUCCUCAUUUUUUUUUCUCAAAUUCUUAGACUACAAAGAUAGCAAAUGCGCCCAAAAAUUCAGAAAACUUUCGAAAUGUGCAACCCUUAGAUAGGGACCGCAACUUUGGUGUAAUUUCGCCGGUUUCUUACUGGUGCAACCUGAUUUUGAUUCUUGAGAAAUUACUUUUUUUAUAAGAAAGGAAACAGAUAAAUCCAUUAGAAUCUCUAUAAAGCACCGAAUUACUGCUGAAUAAGAAGCCAUUAGUAUGUCAAUGGCAGAAUUGUCAUCUAAGUGACACAGUUGCACUGACCGACGUGAAAAUGACAUUUUGUUAAGAUGGUUGUGGCUCUGAAAGCCCUUUUCAGUCAAAGUCAAAGCCGAACUCAAGGAUAUCUUGUACCAGUUUCCUUUCUAGCUUCACGCUUUUAUCGGACAGCCUCCUACUUUUCACUUAAGUGAAAGUUGCCAUAAUAUACCUGGCUACUUAAGUUUCAUUUUUAAAAUGUUAAGUGGGGUGGGUAAAUUCUAUCAUUGAGACGUACGAGUGUGCGCUUUCACGGUAAGGUUAGUGUGGAUCGUCUAGAUCAUCUCGAUCAAAUUCUCUUCGAGAAAGCUAAUGCAGACAGAAAACGUUUUCAAUCCCUAAUUAAAAAGACGCGAUAACGAAUUUAUUGGUUUUAACAUGGAGAGGUAUCGGACUGAAAGGGAGACUUUACUUAACAGGAUUAUUUGACUUCUGGAGUUGGAAUACCCCACUUGGACUCAAAACAAAGUUAUAUAUUGGACAAAGCAACGGAACAACAUGGAAUUACAUCACUUCGCUUUCAUCGGAAAAGAAACACAAAUGACUCACAGGACAUUCAGUUUAAUGUAAGUUCUCUGUGAGACCUCAACGUCAAUGUAUCAUUGUGACUAGUUUUAAAGUGCAAAACCUCAAACUCUCUUUCUCGAUACUCUUAUCGCCUCCUUCUCUGGACUGCAUACAUGAGAGGGGAACUGAAAGGAUCAAACGAGUGUGUUCGAGAGAUAGUUAUUUGGAGACGGUUCUUAUCAUUAAGGAGCCUAUAAAGAGAACUUAGAAUAAUUCGUAGGCUUCAAAUGUCGUGUUUUUUCGUAUUAUCAGCUUGUUAUUCAAUGCUUUUUUUUUUUUUUGUUCUAUAAGUUGAAUAAAUUGAAUAACGGUAUUUAUAGUAUAUAUAAUGCCCUAAGAGUCAUGAACCAAUGCAAGCAGUUCCCGGCUUGUUUGAUAGACCAGUGUACAUAGCUAGCCUAUUCCAGACUCCGCUCAGUCGGUCCAGACGAGGGAUAGAAAAAAAUGAGCGCGCAACUCAAGAGGCCCAGUCCCGCUUGGCAUCAGUCUUGGUGCGUUUUUUUCUCGCACACGGUUACCGUUUCCCGUUUUCACUAACUGGGAACCUGGAACAGAGCAUUACAUAGCCUGAAGAUGACGGUAUAGUACUACCACUAAGGGCGACGCCUAAUAAGCAAUGCCGGCUAUUUUCAAAAGCGUUUAUCAGUACUCCAUUCAAAACACUACUCAUCUAUAUACGAUUUCCUGAAUAUUUUCCCUGACAGAAUUAAUCGCAGACAUUCCCUUAUACUUUUAAGUGAAAAAGCAUCACAAAACAAACGCCAAGGUCAUGUGUUACCUCUUUCCGUAUUCAGUUUGUUUCAUGCAAAAGGCUUUAAAUUUUUUCAUGUUCCUCUUCAGAGCUUGAAGAGACUCUACAUUAACACAAACUGCCUUAUUUGAAGGAUUGUUACUUCAUUUCUUGGUCUGAUAUCACUUUAUAUUGUUUCACUUGCAGAUCUCAACCAGGGUUUUCAUUGUGUGGGCCUUUCAAGAAAUGGACGAUGUAAAUAAUCUUCGCAUGUUCAGCAUGCAUACCCGUAAAGGUUAUUCAAGGGAAACUCAAAUUCUUGCAAUCGAAGCUUCUGAACCCACAUUUUCAACUAAGAAGUUCGUGAAAACUGAGCCUGGAAACACAAGUAGAUUCGAGAUGACUACUAAGUUACUUGAGGCCAAAUCCUCAGGGUUUAAGCAACGAUUUAAUGUUAUAACGCUCUCCUUUGUUACCAUAACUCUAUACUUUCUGUUGGUCUUACAAUUUGCUUGCUGACACUUGCUCAUUUCUAAUCUAUUCAGCUAAAACAAUUUCAUUUUGUUUACCAAGGACAGAAAUGGUAAACAGUGAGCAAAGAGGACAGUUUAAAAUAAUCACGUGUCAAAAUGUUUGUAACGUUUUACCAGCCAUUUUCAGGACGUUGUUUACUGGCCAUGUUCAUUCUUAGGACAAUCUAGAGUGAUCUGAAGAAAGAAGUUCACAUGACCCACAUUGACGCAUACGUCGGGAUUGAGUGUCAAUAGAACAGAAAUUCGAGAAGGCUAUUGCUGAAAUACCAUAAUAUUCUUUUUUUUCGGUUUGGGCACAUCAUUUAAAAUCCUUCUUGUUUAUUUCUCUUGGCAAUAGAAGACAACUCCUGAACACAAAAGACAAUGGUACUAAACUGUACCAUAGGCUCCUGACUGUACUUAGCAAACGUUGCACAACGGCGUUUGCAUGAAAACAGUUCCUUUUUUUAAAAAUGAUGAAAUCAGGCUGAAUUGUAGUGUCGCUAUCGAUCUUAUAUUCCUUAUGGUUUCAGCAUUUUUGAAUAAAGUUCAGCAUUUCAAGGAUAAAAAGGUCAUCACAGUUCCGUUCAAUUUUAUUUUUUUAACAAGAAAAUACAAGAGACUCGGAGAAAAGAGAAGAACUUCUGAUGAUUUACGUAGUUUAGAGACAUGUACUGAGAAAAUGUGGGGUAAAAAUGUUCGACAGCCUGGU